GCAGCAUUCAAACAAGAAACCUAGACAACAGCUUGCAACUCGCUGGGGACAACAUAGGCUAUCCUCCGAUUGCGUCUUUGUGAAUUCCCGCAUCGUCGAUCAGCUUCUUCUUUCUGAUAGCCUGACCUCAAUCUGCACCCGUUCCCCAAAACUCCACUGAACACGUCACAAUGGCUGCGCCAGCAGACCAGCGGAUAGCAGUCCCUAUCGACGACCCAAAUGCUGAUACUGAAUGGAACGAUAUUCUACGAAAGCAUGGCGUCAUCCCAGAGAAGCCUCCCAGCCCGACCCCCAUGAUCGAGGAGGCUAUUCUGGAAGGUCGCCGGCUAGCACACGAGAACAGGCUCGAGGGGAAAGACCUCGACGAGCUCGAUGAGUUGGAGGACGAGGAAGAUGAGGCAUUUCUGGAACAAUACCGGCAGCGCCGGCUACAAGAGCUGAGCUCGCUGCAGAAGAAGUCGAAACACGGGAGCGUAUAUCCCAUUUCGAAACCCGAAUAUUCACGCCACGUUACAGAGGCCUCUCAGAGCGAACCGGUACUCGUCAACCUCACUUCGUCGACGGGCUCAAACGUUGAAUCGAGAACAUUGUCACAACUGUGGGCCCAGGCAGCCACGGAGUAUGGGGACGUCAAGUUCUGCGAGAUGCGUGCGUCUCAGGCAAUCGAAGGCUACCCGGAAAAGAAUUGUCCAACCAUAUUAGUGUACAACAAAGGCGAUAUCGUGAAACAGGUGGUAACGCUCAUGACCGUUGGCGGCGUUAAGAUGACCAUGCUCGACCUGGAUAAAAUCCUCGUCGAGGUAGGAGCGGUUGGGCCAAACGAUCUGAGGGUCAUCAAGCGGCGAAGGCAAGCAGAGGAUGCUGAAGAGGAAAAGCACAUGGCAAAGGGAAUCAAGAGCAGCAUAGAUCGGUUGGAGGACGACGACGACGGGUGGGACUAAUCAGCCCCAGACCAAUUUUGCUGGAGCUUCCGCGCAACUCGGCAAGCAGCGUCAUAGGGGCAUUCUGGCGUAGAUCAUAUACAUGGCAGAAUCCGGGCACACCGGGAUGCCGGUUCAAGGGAUUGCUCCUGCUGUGAGGGUGGAAGGCCCGCUACCCGCAACCCUGGUCGCAUUCGAUGACAAGAAACAAGUGUCGAGCAUCGAUGCCAUGUCUGAUUGGGGUGAUAGUUCCGACUCUGGUCAACCUGGCACUUCCCAGCUUGGAUAUGUAGGUGGCCCGACAUAUUCAGGUCUACUAUUAUUGUACUGUACCUCCAUGCAGAUUACAUACAGAAGAUUCAUGUAUACAGUACCUGGGUGACGUCAGCAACUUGAAUUCUAGCUAGGGUAAAUGCGGGUUAGCGGGGGCUGGAGAGGUACUGUUUACUUACACAGACGCGCUUCGCGAUGUCGCGUGUGGCCCAGUUUCCUACC